GAUUAAUGAAAUGAGAAUAAUUAAUUAUUUAUUUAUUAUAAUAAGCGAUUGAACUGUUACUAUUAAAUUCGCCCUAAACCUAAAGAAAUGAAGUGUCCAUCUAUGAAUCCUCAUGCACUACCUUCAAACAAACUGUAUAUUUCAACAAAUUCAACAUCCUAUCAUUUCUUGGAUCCACAGCUGGUUGAAACUCAUCAACCAAUAAUAGUAAUCACAAAUUCAAUCAAGGAAUUGUAUUCAACGAAGACUACUUGUAUUCUCUCUUCCCUUGUUCGCUGGAAAACAAAUUCCUUGCCGCAUAUUAUCACAAAUAUUCUCCCAAUUCUUUUGGUUGCUCCGCAAAACCCAAUUGCAUCAAACCAAAACUACAAACAAAACAUUUUCAAUUUGGGAUUUUCUUCCGCAUAUUCUCUUAUAAUCCCAUUUCUUCAUCAUCUCCUCGACCAAUUAAUCACAAGACUGCAAUGGAAUAUUCCGCCUUUAAUUUCUGCGUGCGUGUAUGCAUCGUGUAUACCCAGCGAGUUUAAUAAAUAGGGAACAUGAGCGCCCAAAUCUUUUUCCAGAUCAGAUUAGAUUCCAAAAGCCAAAUUCUCCCUACGGAUUUGUACCCUUUUCGUGUUAAAUUAAUCGGAGCGGUGGAUUCGCACACGGAGAUAACCAAAUAACAAUGAAAUUUGGGAGGGAAUUUGGGAAUCACUUGGAGAAAACCCUACCCGGAUGGAGGGACGAAUAUCUGCGCUACAAGCUUUUGAAGAAGCUGCUGAAUAACAUCUCACCCGCCGCCGGAGUUCUGCCGCUGCCGGAGUUCCAGGUCUGGUUUGUGGCGGUUCUCGCUGGGGAAAUUGAAAAGUUCAACGAUUUCUACGUCGGCAAGGAGGAGGAUCUCAUCAUCCGCUUCCAGGCCCUUAAGGAGGCAAUUAAGCGAGUGAAGAGUAGAGAGCGAUAUUAUGAAAUGUUUACCUCAGAGUCUGAAUUUAGUGAGUAUCUGACGAGGAUACGCAAGGACUUGGUCGUGAUCCAUGGUGAGAUGGUCCUUCUGAUUAGCUACAGCUCCCUUAACUUUGCAGGUAACGAAGCAGCUCCCUAUCACUUGUUUCCGCGAGUCAAAUUUAAGCUUUUCUUUACCAUCAGAGAUAUAUUUAAGCUAUUGUGUAUAAAUCAUAUUUUGGUAGGCAUUAUAAAGAUAUUGAAGAAAUAUGAUAAACGGACCGGGGCAAUGCUAAGCAUACCUUUCACUCAGCUUGCUUUUCACCAGCCGUUCUUCAAAACUGAACCUCUAACGAGGUUAGUUCACGAUUGUGAGGCAAAUCUUGAGGUUCUGCUUCCACGUAGAGCAGAGGAGCACACGGGCACAAAUGCUUCGUUGGAGACGCUGUUGCUGGUGGAAGACACUGGGGAUGUGUACCGGAGCACCAUUGCUACGAUUAGCACUAUAGAGGAACUGAAAAAAAAGCCAAGCUCCACCUAUAACAGUCUGUCCAUGUCGUAUCUGUUCAGGAGCAAGGAUGAAGAUGGCUCGGGUGCUGUUACUGCAGAAAACUCGCCCUGCAACUCGUCUCAGUCUUCUGCGUAUGCUGAUGAACACGAAGACGAAGAUGAAGAUGUCUCUUCCCAUCAAUAAAUUUCCAACCUCUUUGGUUUCAGGUUCAUCCUUCUCUCAAGAAAUGUAUUAUGCACUUAUCAUGCGGCUGAGUUCUUUGUAAUUUGUAAUUUGUAAUAUGUUUGAAUAAUACAGUAAUAAUAAGCUGCUGAUAUAAUCUUAGUGGUAUUGUUUUUGUGAAAUAAAUCCAAUGUUUUGUUGUUA